AUGGAGUCCGAGUUACACAACCUUGACCUUGGCUCGCCUCGUUUCCUGGAGCUACAAUUGUCUCUGGUGCUCAGCCAGCCAAUCCAUCAAGAGCUAUUCGAGUCGAGAGCGGAAGUACUUCAACAGCGUACCAAAUUCCACCCCAUCAAAGACAACAACACCACCGGCCUCUGGCGCUCGACCCGCCUCUUCGGAACUCUGAACCAGAAUUUCCCACUACUGAAGACCCCAGCAGCGAACCAGACAAUCGACUCCUCCGUCCUCCACAAGCUCAUCCCCUCAGACGAAACCCUCCACGAACAGAUCUUCCCGCGUACUUUCAAGAUCCGCGCCGCGCUGAUGAAAGACGCAUGUCUACUGCAUUUCACCGUGCAGCAUCCACUAUGCGACGCCAGCGGCGUGCACCAAAUCGUGCAGGCAUACUGCGCUCUCUUAACAGACCGUGAGCCUCCUCCUGCGCUCGGCGAUCGGAUGCCCCUGGAGCUUUACCCAUCGAAAGAGGACGACGCACUCGCCGCCCAUGGGACGGGGCAAGAAGACGCUGCGUUACGACACGAGAGAUAUUUCACCCAGGGCUGGACGGCUCUCGGCACCGGUGUCUUCAGACAGCGUAUGCAAAGACGAAAAGGGCCGGUGCGGAAAGAGAUGACGCUGCUUGUUCCCAACGCUGUGAUCGACGACCUGGCCAAGUCGGCGGAGCGCGCUGGAAUAAGCGUUACGAAGCAUGAUUUGCUUAUGGGGCUUAUUCACGAGGUAAUACCGUAUUUUCUUCAGGUGAGAGGUGAGAGGUAG